GGGCUCUGUGCGCGUCGGCGGCCGCCGCGCUCGGUCCGCGCCGGGACGCGCUCGGUGCGGCCGCGGUUUCCGCGCAGUCCCCUGCUCCUGGUGCCCGAAUCCCUUCGUCUGGAGCAUCAGCAGCGUGUGGAGCCCGCCCCACACAGCCCACCCCUGCCAAACCACGGCCUUUACCUGCGUGUUCCGCUGUUUCCCGUGCGACCCCUCCUGCGGGAGCGCCUCCUGGGCCACCCCCGACUUCAGCCAGCGCUCCGUGGCUCCAAUGGUGAAGAUGACGAGGUCCAAGACUUUCCAGGCGUAUCUGCCUUCCUGCCACAGGACCUACAGCUGCAUCCACUGCAGGGCUCACCUGGCCAACCACGAUGAGCUCAUCUCCAAGUCCUUCCAGGGCAGCCAAGGACGAGCUUACCUCUUCAACUCCGUAGUGAACGUGGGCUGUGGCCCCGCAGAGGAGCGGGUGUUGUUAACGGGACUGCACGCCGUGGCAGAUAUUUACUGUGAAAACUGCAAAACCACGCUGGGCUGGAAAUAUGAACACGCUUUUGAAAGCAGCCAGAAGUAUAAAGAAGGCAAAUACAUCAUUGAACUAGCUCACAUGAUCAAGGACAACGGCUGGGACUGAGCAGAGCCAGCCCUGCAGUGCCAGAGAUGCCAUCCAGCCCAACAUUGUACCCAAGAGUGAGAGAGUGACUGAACGCUUGGUUCCAUGCAUUUAGAGGCUCUGCAACCCGGGAGCAUCUUCACACCCUUCUCCAUCUUUAUUGGUGACUGGCCUCUAAAUUCCUGUCUCUCUGUCUCUUUGCUUUGUAUCUUGUUUGUGAGUUGACCCUGGCUGCUUCUCUCUCUGUUGUGUUGGCUCAGAGAAUGCACCGAAUGCCCGACAGCCAUUCCAUGUGCCCAGAGCUCCACCCAGCCUGGCCUGGGCUCUCCUGGCACCUCCCAGCUGGUGCCAGCCCCGAGGUUGGGCAGGAGAAGGUGGGGCAGGGGUGGGGAACCAUCAGAGGGUGAUGCUGUGCUGCUCCUUUCAGUCCUGGGUAAGCGAGGCUUGAAACCAUCUCCUUGUGUAAAUGGGCAGAGAAAUACCUGCUUGUGGAAAUGGAUAGAGAAAUAUCCACUUGUCUGAGUGGAUACAGAAAUAUCCACUUGUCAGAAUGGAUAGAGAAAUAUCCACUUGUCAGAAUGGAUAGAGAAAUAUCCACUUGUCUGAGUGGAUACAGAAAUAUCCACUCGUCUAAGAGGGACACAGGAAUAUCUCCUUGUGUGAAAGGACAGAAUUACCUCGUGGCUGUGUUUUCUCUGUGAAUCCAUCAGUGGCAGAGCCAGUUCCCCCACGAUCUGUGUUUUGGUUGCUGUUUGUGAGCUCCUUGUUGCAGGGGAGGUUCCUGCCUCUCCUUUUCCUCGCUGGUUCAGGGUAGGGAGGCUGAAGGUCCCAGCUGAGCACGGCCAUAGGGAGCAUCCCCAUGGCUGGAGAAACCAAAUCCUGAGCUGUGAGCCCUUCAGAGAGGAGGAGAAAACCACUCCAGGCACAAGGAGGCUGGAGCUGCAGCCUGGAGAAUGUGGAGAGGUGAAACAAGGCACGUGUGAGGCAAGAAGGGGGAAAUUCCAUAGAGGAGGAUGGGGACAAACAGUGGCAGAGGGUACCCCUGGAUCUCCUGGCCUCCCCUGAGCACCCUUGGUGGUGUUUCACCAAUCUUUCACAAGUGCAAGCAGGAAAAUGCUGUUACAGAACCUUUUCCUUGGAUGCCAGGCUCAGAAAAUGCACAGAAGUGGGGCGAGGAGGGAGCUGAGUGGUGGCAGCUGUGGUGCACAGGUGGAUAUUUCAUCCCUGAGGUAUCCUCCCCCCUUUCCCCACUCCCAGCAGCCCAGUGCAGGCACGGGGAGAGUGGGAAAGGAAAAAAGGAAAAAAAAAAAAGAAAUGAAGCAUCUUCCAGCAGCCCUGGAAUGAUCCAUGCCUUGAGGGGUGGAUUGGGUGUCAGAACUGCAGGGACAACGAGUCCUUCCCAUUUUUGUUUGUCCCUGGUGAUUCCUGAGCACCUUCCCAGGGGGAUGGUGGGGAAGGGUGUCCUGUGUGCCAGGGGAGCUGUGUAAAGUAAAAGUAAAAUGAGAAAUUUGCUCUGCAGCAUCCAGCCAGUAUCUGGUGCAUCACCCAGGACUGUUGAGCUGAGCUCGCUCUGUCUCUCCCCCAGUGAAUUUUUAUUUUUUGUUGGCAGAAUUCUCUCAAGUAGGUUAAUCCAUGGGGGGUAAAUCUUCCUUAAUGCAGAGGGAAGGAGUGAGUGAGUGUUGUGCAGGGGUGGUGGCUCCUCAUGGAACAGAAGCUCCAAUUGGAGCUGUGAUCUGUAAUCACUGCCCCCAGCCCCGAGAGAUGCCAGGGGCUGUGCAGGACUCAUUUGGUGUUAUUUGGCAGGGAAUGGGAGCAGAGACUCUCCUGAAGGAUCAGGGUGGAAUUCAGGGCUGGAUCCCUGUGCUGAAAGCCAGACCUGAUGGGCAAAGGUUGUUUAUUUUCUCUCUCAAGCUCUGUCCUUGGCGGCCGUGGCGAGCUGAGGCGGAGCUGGCCCGGCUCCUGCCGGGGAUGGAGUUGGUGACCAGCCCGUCCAGAGGCGGCUUCUGCCCUCACCCUCCUGCUCUGGCUGUGCAGCAAUUGCUUCAGCUUCUGGCUUGGACUGGCUCUGCUUCUGCCAGCCACGUUCCCUCAGUGACAAAUGCAGGAAAAAUCAGAACUCCCACAGCACCUGCUGGCACUGACCUGGUGCCAUCUCCCUGUCCCUUCAGUGAGGAUCCAUGGCAAUUCAUUGGGUUUUGACUGGUGGGAAGCAACUCCUGUUCUUCAAAGAGCUCUUUAUUCUGCACAGAGCCUUUAAAGAGCUGGGAGAGAGAGGUGAGGGAUCAUCCCAAAUCCUGUGGGGCUGAGAGGAGCACACAGGGCUCAUGGUUUGAUGUUGGUAUUGGGAGUGAGUGCUGGUCAAAAAGCAAAAUAAAAGGCAGGGCUGUGCAGAGAACUGCUCUGAGAAAUGCCAGCCAGGUGGAAAUGGUUUUAUCCAUUCAUUUGGGACAGAAAAGGACAAUGCCCCAUCAGACCUGGCUGGUUUUUAUGGUCACAGGUGUUGGCUUUUAAUGGCAACCAGUCCAAGCUGGAAUAGGGCGAGGCGUUAAUCUGCUUUUAAUUGGUUUUGUGCUGUUCAGUCUGUGCUCAGAGCCUGGCCCUGAGCCCUGGUGCAGCCCAGCCAGGCUGUGCCUGUCCCCAGCACCCAGGGAGCUCCUGGGCAGUGGCUGAGAGGGGAACUGGGGCUUGUGCAGCCCCCGUGAGUGCCCAGGGAGCAGGAGCAGCUCUGGCCGGUGCUGGGAUCUGGGCUCAGUGCUGGUGAGUGACACGCUCAGACAUAACCAAAGAACUUCCCUGCUGAGCUGAGCCAGGUGGGGGCUGUGCCCAGGAGAAGGGGAGAUGUGGCCCUCGGGAGCUGCUGCUUUCCCUGCACGGACAGCCCUGAGCUCCCCUCCUCUGCCUGGUGCCCAGCCCCGUGCCUGGGCAGCCCUGAGCACCCUUGAGUUUACAUCCCCCCCCGGACCCCAAAGCUCAGACCUGAGUGAGUUUUGAAAUUGUUUUUGCUCCGGUGUGAAAUCCUGACCCCUGUAAGAAAUAUUCAGAUGAUAAUAUAUAUACAAAGCAGGAAAAAAAAAAUAACCCCCAGACGUUACCUUGUGAAAUAUACUUUUGUAAAUAAUAUUUAAUUUUUUUUUUAAAAGAAAUAAUAUAUUUGGUGCUGUUUUCUCAGAGCCCCUCCCUGAGAGCACUUUUUUUUUGUUGUUGUUGUUGUUUAUGAUGAUCCUGUUUCCUUCUGUAUUUGUUGGAAAAUAUGUUUAAAGGGAAACAAAAGCUCCUGAUUUGCGUUGUCCUCUGAGGUGGAUCCGUGUUUCCUGUGGACGUGGCAGAUUUGGGCUGGGACAGGGGAUGUGUGGGCUGGCAUCAGGAGGGCUCCGUUCCCCCCUGCCCUUCCUGGAGCCCCUUUGCUCCCAGCAGGAGCCCCCAGAGCCCCUGGGGCUCCCAAUUUUCCUGGUUUGUGGAAUCCAGGCCUGGGAUUCCCUUGCACCGGUGCUGGCUGGAGUGAGAAGCUCUGGGGCUGGGCAGGAGCUGCAGCCUCAGGUUUGCAGGGGUGGAGGAUGGAGCUUUGAACCCAAUUUUAACCUAAACCACAAAUCUUUGGAUCCUGCUUUUAUCUUUGAGGGGAGGUUUUAUUUUUGUUGUUGUUGUUUUAUUUUUUUUUUUUUUAACCAGGCUGCUACAUAACAAAUUAGAGUAAAAGUUUACCUCUCUUGGCAGUAAAAUUCAUUUAUUUUGUUCUCCUUUCUGUCUUUAAUCUCCCCCCUUCUCUCCCUCCUUUGUUUUUAUUUCACUUGGUCUCUUGUUUAUCCAAAGUGGACCAACAGCACAAAGCACUGGACUGUGUUUUGCUGAGCAAGGAGCUGUUCAAGAACUGCUGCAGGUUCUUUAAAAAUUCUCUGGGUUUGGAGAACUUCAAACCCCACAGGAACAAAGCCAACCCUGCCAAACCAACCCCGUUGUUCUCGUGAUGAUCAAGUGAGAAUUCUCUCUCUGUGUGUGCAUUUUUCUGGCUGCUCUGAGAGUGUGUGGAUCAUGCAUUUCACUGCACUCCCCUGCUUUGGGAGGAGCUUCCAGGGGAAGCAGUUUUGGGAUGAAGAGGGGACACCAAACACCAAGCUCAGCUCAGUGGGAAGGAGCUCUCAGUGCUCAGAAACAAUCAGGUUAGACAGAGGUUUUCUGCAGAAAUCCUGGUGAGAAAGAACAAGCAGAAGAGGGGAAACGAAAUCAUCUUGAAUUCAGAAAAAAAAAAUAAAAAUCAAAAAUCAACAUGUUUAAAUGCAAGCAGAAUGGCAUUGUGUAAGGUACAACCACCAAUAAGCUGUUCUCAUCGUUACAACUGUGUGUAUCCUUUGUUUUGUUCUUCCUAAGGAAAUGGGAAUGCUUUCCCCACUGACAAAACUAAGGACAAUAUUUCCAAUACCAGCCUGUCUAUGGAUGCUCUUGUGUUUACAAAUUGUGUAUAUUUUUAUUUCUUUGAUCUUAUUUUAAUUUUUUUUUUGGCAUAUUCUUUCAGGUCAUUUGCUUCAGUCAUAAAUGCAAUUGUUUGUUUUCAAAUAAUUGGUUUUCACCUUUUCAUGUAUUUGUACAUUGUAUAUAGUUCUUCAGUAUUAGAGGGAGGCGUAUUGUUUGUCAUAUUUACAAUAUGUGUUGGUGCUCAUUUGAGAAAAUAAAAUUUUCAAGUACUAAA